AUGUACCAAUUGAUCACCUCUGGUCUACGUGCACAUAGAGGAACUAGGGCAGGUGUUGCCGGCCUCCAGCUUUAUCUUAUCGCUCUCCGCACCGGCACAGCACUUUCUUCCUUCUCCAACUACGCAAUCAUGGACGACCAGCCAGAUUCCGGUCGUCCAGCAAAACGCCCUAAGCGAUCAUCCCAGUCAGGGCCAGAUCUAUCUGAGAAUCCCUCAGUUUCCACUCUCGCCUCCCUUCGCCGCUCCAUAACUCCUCCCACAACGCGUUCCGGACGUGCCAGCAGCAGUGCUGCCCCAAAUGGUUCUCCGCACAGCUCGGAGAAAAAGGACAACCACACUCCAACUCCCCAGCAGGAAAAUGCUGGGCCUCAGAUAAUCUCCUCUCCGAUCCAGCUAACGCACAUUCGCGACUUUAGCGACUCACUGAGAAACAAUGACGACACUGUCAAGCUGCGGGAUAUCCUCGGCGACCCGCUCAUCCGCGAAUGCUGGCAGUUCAACUAUUGUUUUGAUGUGGACUUUCUCAUGAAUCAGUUCGAUGAAGAUGUUAGGAGCUUUGUGACGGUCAAGGUAGUGCAUGGGUCUUGGAAGAGGGAGUCGGAGAAUAGGGUACGAAUUGAGGAAGCAUGUGCGCGGUAUUCAAACGUCGAACCAAUUGUGGCUUACAUGCCUGAGGCAUUUGGGACGCAUCACUCGAAGAUGAUGAUUCUACUGAGGCAUGAUGACUGUGCUCAGGUCGUAAUCCACACUGCAAACAUGCUUGCCGGCGACUGGGCGAACAUGUCGCAGGCAGUAUGGCGCUCGCCUCUUCUCCCUCUUGGUAAGAAUGCCCGUCAAGAUAAGAAGUCUGCAGCUUUGGGCUCGGGGUCACGAUUCAAGAGGGACUUGCUGGCGUAUUUGAAGGCAUAUGGUGUGAAGAAGACGGGUCCUUUGGUUGAACAGCUUGCAAAGUACGAUUUUAGCGCUGUAAGGGCUGAGUUGAUCGCGAGUGUUCCUUCUAAACUAAAGGUUGGCGAAGAUUCAAGCGACGGAGAUGGUGAUGGCAAGACCAUUUGGGGAUGGCCAGCUUUGAAAGACGCUCUGCGGAGGAUCCCGUUGCGCGAGAGUUUUGGGAAUACGACAUCGACGCCACAUAUCGUCGUUCAGAUGUCCUCCAUCGCAACCCUAGGGCAAACAGAUAAAUGGCUAAAAGACGUUUUCUUCGAGGCCCUCGCUCCAGACAGAGCCAAAUCUACACCAGCGAAGCAAAAGCAACAACCACGGUACUCUAUAAUCUUCCCAACGGCUGAAGAAAUUCGUCGCUCGCUGAACGGCUACGGCUCCGGCGGGUCAAUCCACAUGAAGCUUCAAACCGCUGCACAACAGAAGCAGCUGCAGUAUCUACGGCCUUACAUGCGGCACUGGGCGGGAGAUGUCUCGAAUAAUUACCCUACGCGCGUACAAGACGCUGGCCGUCGCCGCGCAGCUCCACACAUAAAAACCUAUGUACGAUUUACAGACGAGGAUAUGAAAAGGAUUGAUUGGGCGCUCGUCACUUCGGCGAACCUCUCGACGCAGGCUUGGGGAGCAACCACUAAUAAAAGUGGUGAAGUGCGCAUCUGCAGUUAUGAGAUCGGGGUUUUAGUUUGGCCGGAGUUGUUCGUUACGAAGCCGCAGUCGCAGUCGCGAUCCGUGACCAUGGUGCCGUGUUUUAAGAAGGACAAGCCAGAACCACUGCAGGAGAAUGACACAACAGCGCCUGCAGCGGUGGUUGGGUUCCGGAUGCCGUACGACUUACCUUUGACCUUGUACAGUGCGAAGGACGAGCCGUGGUGUGCAACAAUGUCUCAUGCAGAGCCUGACUGGCUUGGACAGACGUGGAUGGUGCAUGACUAG